CAUUGUUCUGGCCAGGUUUAAUUUGCAGCAUUAGUGACAUUUUGUUUUGAAUGCGCGUGCAAGUGCGAAAGAUAAAUCUGAAAAUGUAAAAUUUACUGCAAAUAAAAAACCAAUAAUAUUCUCAAUAAAAUAUUUUAAAAGUGGAGGAAUACAAGCAGCUGUAUUACGAUUUGCGUAUCUUCAAUCAGUUUGGACUUUUGUUCUAGAUGAAAGCAUCUAUGAUGGAGUACUACAAUAGUGUUUUAAAAUCUACUGAGGAAUUUCAUGACAAAAUUAAGAUGACAAAAGAAUCUCAAGAAUCAAUAAAGAAAGCUCAUGCUUUCUAUGGAAGUGUUCCCGAUCCCAGUCUAGUGAAGUGUGAAAAAUCAGAUGAUUUAAAACCUAAAAAAACAAAAUAUACAUCAAUUCAGUGGUUAACUUUGAUAACUUUAGCUUUUGGAAACUUUUGUGCUGGUGCUUGUGUAUCUUUACAAGCUCCUUUCUUCCCAUCAGAGGCAGAGCAGAAAGGAGCCACUCCGACUGAGUAUGGUUUUAUUUUUGGAAUUUUCCAGUUGACAAUUUUUGUCACGGCUCCACUUUUUGGAAAAUUGGUAUGCUACAUUUCUCCAAAGUUUAUUCUAAAUUCUGGAAUAUUAACUGUUGGAGUAACAUGCAUCCUCUUUGGAACUUUGGAUCUUAUUCGGGAUACUACUACUUUUGUUGCAUUGGCGUUUGUGAUAAGAACAGUUGAAGGAAUGGGGGCAGCGGCCUUAAGGACAUCAUGUUAUACCAUAAUAGCGUCUCAGUUUACUGAAGGAAUAGGGACAACGUUUUCUGUUUUAGAAAUGUUUUUGGGAUUAGGACUUAUUACAGGACCCACAUUAGGUGGAGCGCUUUAUGAUCUUGGAGGCUAUGAACUACCUUUUUAUGUUGUUGGAUCAAUAGUGUUUGUGGAUGCUGUAAUCAUAUUUUUCAUACUUCCCGAUGUUGAAAGAACAGUAAUAGUGGAGCGGGGAAAUCUACUAAAGUUUUGGAUGAGCCCUGGAAUUCUAAUUUACUCACUUAGUGUUUUUACUGCAUUUAAUUAUAUAGGCUUCAAUCAAGCUGCUUUGGAGCCCCAUAUUCGAACGUUCGAUCUAUCUGGUUUAUUUCUUGGUAUGUUAUUUGCUCUUGCUGGAACUGUGUAUGCCAUGAGUGCCCCAUUGUGGGGAUGGAUUUGUGAUAAAUGGGGAAAUUUCCAUGUUUUAAGCUUGUUUGGUUGCAGUCUAACAAUAGUGUCACUCUUUUUAAUUGGUCCGGCACCAUUCAUUAAUGUUGAACCAAACCUAUAUUUCAUCAUAAUUUCAUUAGUUAUUUUUGGAUUUGGUUUGGGAGCAAAAUUAGUAUGUGCUUUUACUGGAUCACUUCAAACUACUGUAAACAUGGGAAUGCCUCCAGGAUUAGCUACUUAUGGAUUGGUAUCUUCUAUGAUUGCUUCCUCUCAAUCACUUGGUGCCUUUGUUGGACCAUCUUUAGGUGGAUUUCUUCUGGAUCAAUUUGGAUAUCGUAAUGCUUCCAUGAUGAUUUUAGGACUUGAAUCAACCUUGGUCAUUUUGCUGAUGUUUUAUAUUUGUUUAGUGAAAAAUAAGCGCACAAUUAAAAUUUCAAAUCAAAACAGAGCAAUUUCUACUGUUUGUCAAGGAGUGAAGAUUUGCCAAAAAACCGAGACUGGGGUUUAUCAAACAGAAAACGGCACAAAUAAAAAUAUCUAUUAAAGUAUUAUUUUAAUGCUGUUUUUAACCACAAGGUGUAUUAAAAUAGACACACUUAACUUUAAAUGAGUGACAUUAUGUAAGGAAAUACGCUGUUAUCUAAAAACGUUUUGUAUUCUUAAUCCCGAUGGAUUCCGUUUUAAACAAAAAAAAAAAACAAAUAUUAAAAAUAAUUAAAGUUAGCAAUAUAAAGCUAGUUUUAAUCUGAUUUUAAUAUUUUAUACUCUUAAAAACUGACAUUUGUAAGCGUAUCUAUAGUCAGUGUUUGCUGGAAAGUAAAACAAACUUCAGUUGAGACAAAGAAUAAACAAAAGAGAUCACCUGUCACAAAUCAAAUUUUAUAAGAAUUCUUAUUUAUGAGUAUUUUCAAAUGCGUUAUUUAAGCAAAAAAUUAAAAUAGAAAUUAAAAUUUCAGUAUUGUAACAAUUCAUACAAUGUACAUAAAGUUAUUGUAUUGUAUAUUGUACUUCUAGUCAAUUUUGAGGGCUUCAAAUAUUCUAAAAAAGAAAGGUGUCAUUUGGUGGCUUUUUAAUUUGGAGCGAUUGGUAUAGAUUUCGCAGGUGCCGCAACUAUGAAACUCGAGGAUUCAAAAUGAACUAAUUAAAACGCAAUAAAACAACCACCUGGUACAUAAAUUCUCAACCUGAAAUACGUUAAAUCGGCGUUUUAAUUUUGAGCACAUUGGACUUGAUUUGUCAAUUGCUACAAAUAUGAAAAUCAAGGAUUAAGGAUACAAAAUUAACUAAUUGAAAUUCAAUAAUACAACCAUCUAAUACAGUUAAUCUCAACCUGAGAUACGCAGACAAAAAUAAAUAAAUUUCUGAAAUAAAGUGAAAAAUCAUGUACAAUAGUUUCAAAUACAAGCGAAAAAUCAUGUAUAAUAGGUUGUUUGUCAAUUAAACAGAUUUAGUAAUUAUUAAAUUUUUCACAUAUUUCAGUAAUUUUAUUUCAUUAAGGUGUUCUUGGGUGGUUUUUAAUUUAAAACCAACUUAAAAAAUGCUAUUUACUUUUAAACUGUUCAAGAUAUUUAUUGAAACUGCUUAUUAUUUCUGCUUUUUGUUUGACGUUUAUAAUUAAUCGAAUUGAUAUCGAUCUAUUCUACCUUGAACAAACAAUGGUAUAUUUUCUCCCUUAUCUACUUUAAGUAACUCACAGAAAGAAGAAUUCGUACAAAUGCUACUCGUGAAGAAAUGAUAUAUUUUAGGUUUAGUAUUAAGUUUAAAAUUGAUCAAUAUAUAUUUAUUAGCAGUGUGUGGUUGUACCUAGAUGCAUUUUUAAAAUAUGAAUGACGAUAUUGCACAAAUUACAACCCCUUAGUGUAUAGUUUCAACGAUAAAGGUGAAAUGGUUUAAACUUUUUGAGGCUACAUGAUACAAAUCCAAUAACUUACAAAAUUUGUACUAAGUUGAAAAGAUAUUAAAGUUUAUCGGGAAUAAAUAUUUUUAAAUAGCGUGAGACUCUGAAAUCUGUCUUUUUUUAUACACCUUGUUACAAAAUUAUUAUUUAUGUCUGGUAUUUAUGAAACUCUUCUUUUUUUUCCUUGAAUGAAAAAAAUAGAAGAAAUGAGGGCAAAACUGAAAUAAUUGGUGCUGUCUGUUCCACAUGUAAUAAAAUAUUCUUAAACAAAACUUGUUCAAAUUUUCUUAAGUUAAUUUUCAUGAAUAUCUAAUAAAUUAUGAAUAAGAAGAAACAUUUCUAACUUAAUUGAAACAAAAAAUAAAUUGAAAAUGUCCAAAAAUAUCUGUAAUGAUACAGGAAAAACAGCCAAGAUCCAUUACUAUGGUUUUGCCCGCAUAUGUUUCUAAUGUUUUUUAGUCUAGUUUUAAGCAACAACAUCCUAAUGCUAUAGUGUUGUAUUAAGUUAAGUCAAAUUAGAUUUUAAGAGAAAAUAUUUUUAUUUGCAUUUAAAAUGUUAUCACUUUUUAUGUCUGUUUUCUUAAAAAGCAAAAUCUGAGAGAAUGAAUGAAUUUUGUUUUGUGUGUUCAAGAUUUUAGUUCGGAUUCAUGUAAGAUGGAAUAAAUGAAAGACCUGAAAAAUAAAUUUUUAUUAUACUUACUUACCUUUGAAAUUUUUACAACGGUUGGUAUUUUAUGUAAAUAAUUCUUUUUUCUUUUACAAAAUAAUAUAAUGCUGGAAAAAAUUGGAGCCAAACGAAAAGUUUAAUUUCUUUCAAAACUCUAUUUUUAAAUUUUGUGCAAAUAAUGAAACAUUUAUUUCGACAUAAUUAGAAAGAUUUUUAAAAAUUCCUCGUAUUUUAUUUAAUUUUUAUUUCUUUUCUGCUUUUGGAAAUUUGGAAAAAUAUUAAAACCAAUUAUUUCUCAUAUUAAUCCAAAAUAUUUCCUUUCAUUUUAAGUAAAUUAAUAUUUUUUUUAUUGAAUUUCAAAUAAAAUUUAAAAUGCAUUUUGUUCACUUCUCUAUUAUUUACCUUCAACCUCUGCUUACACGACAAGUGCUGCUACUUAAAAAGAAAACAACCUGUUAAUCUCUUCUCUCUCACCAACAACUAUUAUAUACACAUUUUUAAAGAAAAAAAGAGAUAUACAAAUUCAAUAUUUAAGUUUCAGAAUAUUUUUUUCUAUACAACACUGAAAACAAAUUAAACAUGGAUAAUUUUUCUUCAAAUUAAAUCAAUAAUGCAUAAUAAUAAAUCAUAAUAUUUCACUUUGCAUUAAAAACUUGAAACGAUACUUUUUUCUGUUUAAAAUUUUUAUAUUUUAAAAUCUAUUUAGACAACCUGUUAGAAAAUUUGUGAAAAAAAUUGCAUUCCUUCUAAAUGAUACAAAAGCACAAAAUUUUUUUAAAAAAUUUCGAAGAUGUGUUCCUAUUUUUCCCAUUAAAUAUCUCUCUGGAUAUAAUUAAAGCAAUUUAUCUUCAGCACUUUGUUAAAUUUGUAAAAAAUACAAAUAUGUAGUACAAAAAUAUUGAAUUUCUUUUGGCUCUAACAUUUUUCAGCACUUUAUUUAGAGAAUAAUUUGCUUGAAUUCGUAUUAAAUAGGUAAAUCAUAUCGAUUUAGCAAAUUUACCCUUAUGAGGUAAUGGUGGAUAUUAUUCAAUUUAGUCUUGUUUCAAAAGUCAAAACAAAAUAAUUUUUGAUAAAAAUCAUAUGAAGCCAAAAAAAAAAAAAAAUCUGGGGGAACAAUAAUUUAAACUGUAUUUGAAUAACUACGUUUGACUUUUUUUUCUAUCAUGUUAAUCAUUUGUGGUAUUUUCCCUUUUUAAUUAUAUGAAUUACUUCAAAAAAAAAAUUCAUGCAAAAAGUAAUAAGCACAGAAUUAUUAUUUUUUCUCAUAAUUAUUUUAUUUUUAGUUAUUUGAUUUUAGUUUUCCUCUUAAUCACUUCAUCAUUUUUUGUGUGUGUACUUCAUCCAUACGUAUUGAAUCAAUGUGGUUUAUUGAUUUGCUUAAGCAAAUCACUAAACCAAAUUAUGUUACAAUCAAUAGUCAUUUUUCAUUUUGGUGUUUUGUAACUGUGUCUUUUAAUAAUAAAAUACUUCUAAUAUUU